UGAAAUGGCGCAGAAAGGAGUUCAGCUGGAUUCUGAAAAAAUCUCUUGUUCCAUCUGUCUGGAUCUCCUGAAGGAUCCGGUGACUAUUCCCUGUGGACACAGCUACUGUCAGUGUAGGAAAACGUUCAUACCGAGGCCUGUCCUGGAGAAAAACAUCCUGUUAGCAGAGUUAGUGGAGGAGCUGAAGAAGACUGGACUCCAAGCUGCUCCAGCUGAUCACUGCUAUGCUGGACCUGAAGAUGUGGCCUGUGAUGUCUGCACUGGGAGGAAGCUGAAAGCCAUCAAGUCCUGUCUGGUCUGUCUGGUUUCUUACUGUAAGAAACACCUCCAACCUCAUUAUGACGUAGCUCAGUUUAAGAAACACAAGCUGGUGGAGCCCUCCAAGAAUCUCCAGCAGCUCGUCUGUUCUCGUCAUGAUGAGGUGAUGAAGAUUUUCUGUCGUACUGAUCAGCAGAGUAUCUGUUAUCUCUGCUUAAUGGAUGAACAUAAAGGUCAUGAAACAGUUCCAGCUGCAGCAGAAAGAGCUGAGAAGCAGAAGGAGCUGGAGGCGAGUCGACAACAAAUCCAGCAGAGAAUCCAGGACGGAGAGAAAGAUGUGAAGCUGCUUCAACAGGAGGUGGAGGUCAUCAAUGGCUCCGCUGAUAAAGCAGUGGAGGACAGUGAGAAGAUCUUCACUGAGCUGAUCCGUCUCAUCCAGAUAAGAAGCUCUGAUGUGAAGCAGCAGAUCAGAUCCCAGCAGGAAACUGAAGUGAGUCGAGUCAAAGAGCUUCAGGAGAAGCUGGAGCAGGAGAUCACUGAGCUGAAGAGGAAAGACGGCGAGCUGGAGCAGCUCUCACACACAGAGGAUCACACCCAGUUUCUACACAACUACCCCUCACUGUCAGCACUCAGUGAGUCUACACACUCAUCCAGCAUCAAUAUUCGUCCUCUCAGAUACUUUGAGGAUGUGACAGCAGCUGUGUCAGAGACCAGAGAUAAACUACAGGACAUCCUGACAGAGAAAUGGACAAACGUCUCACUGGCAGUCACUGAAGUGGACGUUUUACUGUCUGAACCAGAACCAAAGAGCAGAGAUGACUUCCUACAAUAUCCAAAUGAGAUCACGCUGGAUUCAAACACAGCACACACACAUCUGAUAUUAUCUGAGUUAAACCGAAAAGUAAUGGCAAUGAAACAACAACAGUUUUAUUCUAGUCAUCCAGAAAGAUUUACUUAUUAUGUUCAGAUCUUGAGCAGAGACUCUGACUGGACGUUGUUACUGGGAGGUGGAGUGAAGAGGAAGAGGAGUUGA